AGCAAGGGCAUUCACUGUAGAUUGGCUUGACCUGAGAUUAACCAGAGGGUAUUGACUGGAAUAAAGAUGAACUCUGAAGAUUGUUCCCUAACAGAGAACAGCUCCUUGGAGAGAGGACGACAAAAUAACGCUGCCAGCCUUCACUUUGCCUCACAUCAUGAAGGGUCCCUUCAAGUUCCUAUCCCAUGUGCUGUCCUGAACGUGGUCAUCAUCACCGUCUUGAUCAUAGCUCUCAUCGCUUUAUCAGUGGGCCAGUACAAUUGUCCAGCGCGAUAUAUGUUUUCGGAACCAUCAAACAACCAUGUUUCUUCAUGCUCGGACGAUUGGAUUGGAUACCAGAGGAAAUGCUACUUUAUUUCCAAUACAACAAGGAAUUGGACCUUGGCCCAAAACUCUUGCUUCAAACACGGUGCUACUCUUGCUGUCAUUGAUUCUGAAAAGGACAUGAUCUUUUUAAAAAGAUAUGUGGGUAGAGCUGAACACUGGAUUGGGCUAAAAAAUGAUGCUGGACAGACAUGGAAAUGGUCAAAUGGCAAAGAAUUUAACAACGGGUUCAGCCUCACAGGGUCAGAGAACUGUGCAUUUCUGAAUAGCACAGAGGUCAGCAGCACAGACUGUGGAAGGAAUUUACAUUGGAUAUGUAACAAACCCUUCAAACAGUGAGGAGCCAUAUUGGCUUAUAGACUAUCAUGUCAUGGAACUCAAGGCAAUCCGUGUCGUGGAUGCUGCUCUAUGGUCAGAUGUUUGCCGUAAGGACUUUGUGAAGAAACUUGGUAUGAUUUUGGAAACUUUCUUCCAAACAAGACUGUGGAACAAAAGGCAGGGGAGCUGCAUUGCAGAAUACCCUCGCCGUGACCUGAAAACAUCACAGGUUGAUGGAUAUUUAUGUCCAAGAUUGAGAAAAAUGACUUUAAACCUUUUGAAUGCACUUUAUACUUUUUCAAAUCCAAAAAUAAUAAAACAGCUAGGUUUAGAGUUUUUAUUUAUUGCCGAAUGACUACCAACGAUGAGUGUCCUUCACGCAUUUGCACUAUUAGAAGGAAUUAGAUGGCAGUAUUAAAAACUGAAUGUAAACAAAAGAAAUGUUAACUGGUAACACAGUUAUUUAGUCUAAAUGCAUUUGUUAAGCUCAGAGAACAUUUAUAGGUGGACAAAUGCUUAUGAAACUAAGCUUUGUAAUAUUUCUCUCUUUUUGGAGAAGUUUGCCAGGCUACUUUGUCACUUUUUUCUCCCCAAAACUGGGAUGACCACAUAUUUAUGUUGUUUGUUUGUUUUUAUUUCUUCAAUGUCUUUUUUAAUGGUACUUAAUUCUUUGCCUUUAAAACUUUAUACACCAUGUUUUAUAAAGAUAAAAACAAAACCAAAGAACAUGAGAAAUAUUUGUAAAACAGAUAAGUGUUGGAAAGUGUGCAAUAUAUGAUGUGGCAAAUCCCUAUUAGAAAAAAUUCUGUAUUGUUCAAACCUAGAAUAAUACAAUAUCUGAUUAUAAAUUUGUGCUUUUCCUAAUCAAUGUUAUCACAUGCAGUACUUCAUGUGAGGUGUUUGCAGUGCAAUAAACUAUUUGUUUGUUUGUCUUUUGUAUUUGGUGCAAUUAUAAGCUGCUUUUAUGUAUGUUAAAAUAAAAAUGGAAACAAAAUUAUUUCUAAGAAGUGUUUGCUCCCUUAAAAUACACUAAAAAUUAUGUCAUACUAGAAAUAAGAAAAACAUUUUUUCAAAAAGUUAUCUACUGUAAUACCUUAGCUUUAUAAUGUGGUUUCUACUUUUUGAAUUGUUUUUACAUGUCUGUUCCUACAAAGGCCUUAUGCGUCUUUCUGUAUAAAAGCAGAUGCUCAGUAAAUAUUAUAAUUGACUUGAAAAGAA